GAGAGAAACGCCCUUGGGGGAAGAUAUGUAGCAAUCAGGUGGAACGUGGAGAUCAACGUUGUGUUUUCUUCGUGCCCACCUGAAGUCGAAGGGAGGUGGAGCGGCGAGUCUCAGCCCCUCCCCAACGCCGAGACCCGGCCCCCGCCCCCCGGAGCCCAGUCCCCGCAGGCGGAACCGCCCUGUGCGAGGCCGGGUUUGGACUGCGCGGGAAUGGGCGUGGCCUUGGAGGGGCGGGCGCUAGGACCCGCCUGAGCGCCGUGAACGUCACGCAGCGGCGCCGAGGCCCAGGGUUGAGCGGGAGGCGGGAUCGGUCCGGUCGGUGGCUCCCCGCGGCGGGGCCGGGCCCGAUCUCGGGCGGGAACCGAGCCCAGAGCCGCUGCUGUGAGCCUAUGCGAAGCGGGAGGUCUUGCCCCAGUUCCCACGGACUGUGAGGAGGGAAGAGACGGUGGAGGCGAGCGGGUUCUGGGCUCCUGGGUGUCUGGAACCACCCUCUGCCCUUGCCCCACCACUCAGGUAGCGGGAAGGAUGACCACGCUCACACGACAAGACCUCAACUUUGGCCAAGUGGUGGCCGAUGUGCUCUGUGAGUUCCUGGAGGUGGCUGUGCAUCUCAUCCUCUACGUGCGCGAGGUCUACCCCGUGGGCAUCUUCCAGAAACGCAAGAAGUACAACGUGCCGGUCCAGAUGUCCUGCCACCCGGAGCUGAAUCAGUAUAUCCAGGACACGCUGCACUGCGUCAAGCCACUCUUGGAGAAGAAUGAUGUGGAAAAAGUGGUGGUGGUGAUUUUGGAUAAAGAGCACCGCCCAGUGGAGAAAUUCGUCUUUGAGAUCACCCAGCCUCCACUGCUGUCCAUCAGCUCAGACUCCCUGUUGUCUCACGUGGAGCAGCUGCUCCGAGCCUUCAUCCUGAAGAUCAGCGUGUGCGAUGCCGUCCUGGACCACAACCCCCCAGGCUGUACCUUCACAGUCCUAGUGCACACAAGAGAAGCCGCCACUCGCAACAUGGAGAAGAUCCAGGUCAUCAAGGAUUUCCCGUGGAUCCUGGCAGAUGAGCAGGAUGUCCACAUGCAUGAUCCCCGUCUGAUACCACUAAAAACCAUGACGUCGGACAUUUUAAAGAUGCAGCUUUACGUGGAAGAGCGUGCUCACAAAGGCAGCUGAGGGGGCAUCUGCCACCUCACUGAUGCCCGAACUGUCAGACUUUGGGGGAUCCCCGCCUAGGGCAGUGCUGCAUGGCUGCCCUGAUUCCAAGUGCUCUUAUUGCCUCUGUGUGUGGAUCGCCCACCCCAGCCUGGGGCCGCUCAGGUCUGCUUGGAGGAUGCCUCCCCCAGGAGGGCAGUGAAGGAUGCCGCAACCUCGACUUCUUAGCCUCCUGGGGUUCCGCCGGCCAACACUGUCUGUCUCAAAUACUGUGCUGUGAGUUGUUUCAAUAAAGGGGCCCCAAGGGCUGGGAUGA